CUGUCUUACUGAAAUUUUAUUUAUUUAUUUAUUUAUGCUUUUACAUUUUAUUGGCUACAGGGGAGGGGGUGAAAUUCUACUAAUUUAAAUGGUAAUAUCAUCUAGAAAUACCUCAGAAACACCUAGGAAAAUGUUUGACAAAAUAACUGGUUACCAUAGCAUAGCCAAGUUGACACAUAAAGUUAAUCACCAGAGUUCCCUAAAUAUGGCAGAAAAGCACAGCCACAAAAGAAGAAGAGGAAGAAGAAGAAGGGGAAGGAGGAGGAGGAGGACCUGUGUAGAAAGUGAAAGGCCAACCUCCCCGUCCCCAGGAUGGGAGAAGCAUUUGCAAAUCAUGUAGGUGAUAAGGGCGUAUUUUUCAGAAUGCAUCAAGAAUGCUUAGAACUCAACAACGAAGAGGUGAACAGCGCGGUUCAACAGUGGGCAAAGGACUUGAGCAGACAAGGCGAACAAGGCAGUUAAACAAGGGGCAAAGGACUCGAGCAGCCAUUCCUCCGAAGCGCAUGUACGAAUGGCCAAGAGGCACGUGAAAAGCUGCUCAACAUCGUUAUAGCCGUUAGGGACGUGCAGGUCAAAACCACCCGCAGGGGCGCCUGGGUGGCUCAGUCGGUUGAACGUUUGGACUCUGGACCUCGGCUCAGGUCAUGCAUGAUCUCAGGGUUGUGAGAUCCAGCCCCACGUCAGGCUCCACGGUGGGCUCUGCACCGGGCACGGAGCCUGCUUAAGAUUCUCCUCUCUCUCUCUCUCUCUCCCGCCUCCCUCUGCCCCUCCCCCCCCCGUCUCCCUCUCUAAGAAAAAGUCACCAUGAGAUAGCACCUCACACCCAGUAGGAUGGCUCUUCUAGGCACAAGAGAAACAAAGCAAGUGGGAAAUGACAAGUUUGGGCGAGGGUGUGGAAGAACUGGGACCCUCGCCCAGUGCUACUGGGAUUGGAAAGUGGCACAGCUGCCGUGGGAAUCCGUUGGGCAGCUCCUCAGUAAGGUACACAUAGAAUGACCAUAGGAAGGACCCCGCAAUCCCACUCCUGGAUCUAUACCCGAAGGCAUUGGGAACAGGCGCUCCGACAGAACCCUGUGUACGGGAACGUCCACCGCAGCGCUCUUCCUGCCCAUCCGCCCCAAGGUGGAAAGCACCGCAAGGCCCGUCCACUGACGGACGGGAUGCACGACGCGUGGUCUAUCCAUGGCCGGGGGAUAUUAUUCGGCCGUCGAAAGACACGAAGUGCUGAUUCAGGCUACCACGUGGAGGAGCCCUCAUGAAAACAUGGGUGCUGAGCGAAAGCAGCGCGACCCCCAAAGCCACCUAUUGGUCUUACGAUCCCAUCUCUAGUGAGCAUUCCCUCCAGGAGAGGUUGCAGGGGGGCAGGGCGAGCAGGCUCCUGCCGGCGCCGUUUCUUGGCAGGCCCAGGCUCCCAGCAGGGGCUGAUGGGAAAGCAGUGACCUCACCGGAUCUACGUGUCACGAAGUGUGUCCCCGGACCAAUGAAGGGGGUCGGUCCGUGGUCGCUAGGAGACGGCGGCUCAGGGGCCCAACGACCGGCUGGUUGGAGACGUUGGGCCCAGCUGGCGCACCGCACCGCACCGCACCGCACCGCAGAGCUAGACCCGUCGGAGAAAGCGCAGUCAAGGCCCAGCAUGCCGGGGAAAAGGAGCCGUCGAGGGUCGUCCAGGAGCCAGAGGCGGACCCGCUCCCGCACUGCCCGAGCCGAGCUGUCGUUCUCCGUGAGCCACAUGGAGCGCCUGCUGAGGGAGGGCCACUACGCGCGGCGCCUGGGCUCGUCCGCACCCGUCUUCCUAGCGGCCGUCAUCCAGUACCUGACGGCCACGGUCCUGGAGCUGGCAGGCAACGAGGCCCGGAACAGCGGCAGGAGGCGCAUCACCCCGGAGCUCGUGGACAUGGCCGUCCACAACAACGCGCUGCUCAGCGGCUUCUUCGGGGCUACGACCAUCUCCCAGGUGGCCCCGGCCUGGGAGUAGCUGCCCAACGUGAGCCGGGGUCUCGGGCCCCGGCCGGCCAGUCCGGCCUGCUCACCGCUGGGGCAGCCCCGGCCCGGCUGGUGCCUCGGGCAAAGUCCUUGACGGUCCAGAAAAGUGGGGCAAGGAACCCCUUUUGGUCCAAGCAAUAAAAGCGAGCGAAAG